AUGGAGGUAUUGUCAUGCACAACCUAUCAACACGAAAACAAACCUUCAAUAUCUCGCAAGCUCAUAAAGGAAAAGUCUCCGGACUGUGCUUUUCACCUGGGCAGGGAGAAAGGCUGUUAUGCGGUACUUUGGGCUGUCGGCGAGGAGGGUAGUUUCCCGGACAUGCCUUUAAAUGUCUUCCCGGGAAAAACAGCAUUCAAUUCAAUAGACCAUCAUAGAACAGACCCUCUUUUCGCAACAGCCUCAAACAUUGUCCAAAUAUGGGAUGAGACAAAGAGUGCCCCCAUAUCAAAACUCUCAUUCCCGACCUCCACAGAAACAAUUACAGCUGUUCGAUUCAACAUGAGCGAAUCGUCUGUUCUAGCGAGCAUAGGCACAGAUCGGACAUUCACUCUGUAUGAUAUACGGACAGGGAAGGCUGAGCGGAGGAUCAUCAUGCAGAUGCGCAGCAACGCCCUCGCCUGGUCCCCAACCUUCCCGACCACCGUCCUCCUUGCCUCGGAAGAUCAUAAUCUUUAUACUUUCGACAUCCGGCGUCUUGAAUCUCCCACUCAAAUUUACAAAGCACACGUGGCCGCUGUCAUGUCAUGCGAUUGGAGUCCAACAGGUACCGAGUUCGUCAGUGGCGGUUGGGACAGGACUGCGAGGAUCUGGCAGGAGGGUCGUGGACAUCAACCGGAAGUCUACCAUACGAAACGCAUGCAGAGAGUCACCUCAUCAAUAUUCUCAGCAGACGCGCGCUUCGUCAUGACAGGCUCCGACGAUGGCAAUGUGCGCAUAUGGAAAGCGAAGGCAUCCGACAAACUUGGGGUCGUCACUGCUCGCGAACGUGCAGCUAUGGAAUACAGAGAAAGCCUCAAAGAGCGAUGGAAGGUCGAUGCAGAGGUCAGCCGUGUCGCAAGGACCCGACAUCUGCCAAAAUCUGUCCACCAGACAGCCAAACUCAAGACGACGAUGCUGGAGGCCAGGAGGGUCAAGGAGGAAAGGAGGCGGAAACACACCCGUGCUGGAGAAAGCAAGCCAAAACAAGAGAAAAAGAAAACGGUCCUUGUGGAACAGACGUAG